CACGGCCAUCUCGGCGCAGAGAAUACCACUGAGCCGAAUCUUUCCUUUUCUUAUUUUUGUUUUCCUGGAUUUUAUUCUUUAUCAUCUCCAAUCAUCUUCCAAUAAUUCUCUGCGAUUUCUUUUCAUCCUUUCUGGCUCCAGAACGACCCAUCUCUCGAAAUUCUGGAUAGAUUUUCUCUAUGGAAUAAAGGUUAGGAAAUGGAGCAAUUUUGAAGUGGGGAGGAGGAGGAGGAGGGGAUGAGCGGUGGUGAAGGAGGAGGAGGAGGAUGGGAGCGGUGACGUCGACGAUCGCUGCAAGGUUGGCGUUCUUCCCGCCGAGCCCGCCUUCCUAUGGGGUGGGGACGGAUGAGGAGUCGGGGAGGCUGUACCUGACGGAGAUCGGGCGGAGGGACGACGUCGACUUGCACCGGCUGAAGACGAGGAGGGGGCAGGAGAUCGUGGCCGUCUACCUCCGGCACUCGGCCGCCACCGCCACGCUGCUUUACUCCCACGGGAACGCCGCCGACCUCGGCCAGAUGCUCGACCUCUUCAUCGAGCUCAGCGUCCACCUGCGCGUCAACCUCAUGGGGUAUGACUAUUCUGGCUAUGGACAUUCUACAGGAAAGCCUAGCGAGUGCAAUACUUAUGCAGAUAUUGAGGCGGCAUAUAAAUGCCUCAAAGAGCACUACGGGGUCAAAGAUGAAGACUUGAUCUUAUAUGGUCAGUCAGUGGGGAGUGGACCAACGUUAGACCUGGCCUCCCAACUUACAGAGCUAAGAGCAGUGGUGCUGCAUAGCCCCAUACUCUCUGGCCUUAGAGUACUAUAUCCAGUGAAGCACACGUAUUGGUUUGACAUAUAUAAGAAUAUUGAUAAAAUUGGCCUUGUGAAUUGUCCAGUACUAGUAAUUCAUGGAACACAAGAUGAAGUGGUCAACUUCUCACAUGGAAAGCUACUUUGGGAGCUAAGCAAGGAGAAAUUCAAACCUUUGUGGCUAGAAGGUGGUGGCCACUGCAACCUUGAGCUUUAUCCAGAAUAUAUAAAACACUUGAAGAAGUUUGUGACGGCUGUGGCAAAGUCGAAGGCCAAAAGAAACAGCCCAAAAAGCACAAUCGCAAAGCCAGAGCAUUCAACUAAAACAAGAGACGGUGUAAAGGAACAAGAUUCAGAAGGAGCAGUCUCAGAAAAUCUAGAGAGCUCGAAAAGCAAACUGAAUAAUCAGCUGGAGAAAUCAAGGAGAAGCAGUGAUAGACGAGAACUGUCACGUGUUGGUGUCGAAAUUGUAGGAAAAUUGAAGAGGAAAAGAGGCAUGUACCGUUAGAUAAAUAUGGAGUUUUAAGUUAAUAGCUCAGCUAUCUAACAGGGACAAAAGAAAAAAAAAAUUAUAAUUAUUUCCAUGUACAUUUUCCUUUGUGUUGUAAGUACCUUACAGAAAUUAUGAAGAUUUUUUAGCGAUCAUAUAAGCA